ACGCCGAUUUUCCCGCCGCUCUCACUCGAUUACAAAAAUCCUUAGAUCCCCAAUCUUCAAUCACAUAUCUUCAACAAUCUCUCUCUAUAUCCUCAGAUUCUUCAAUCUCUUUCACCAAGCAUAACCAAAUCGUAACCAUGAAGGAUAUCUCUAAAUCUCCGGCGAGAAGAAGCGACGGAUACCACCGCUACUUAAAACCAGGAGCGCUUGCUCAGAUCCGAAACUCGAGAAUCAACGCUAGAUCUACAACGACGACUACGACAACAUCUCUCGUAUCUCGAUCCUCCCUCUCGCAACUACUAGAUCCGAUUUCACCAUCUCAGAACUCUGUUGAUGAAGCAGCGGCGGCGCGAAAUCUGACGAUAGAUCAGGUACCACAUCUUCUAAGAAAGAUCUACGGUCCUUAUAGUUAUCAGAGGAAGAAAUUAGCUGCUGCUAGAUCUGUAUCGUCGAUGAUGAUGAUGAAUAUCAAUCCUCCUAUAAAUUCAGUUCUUGUUGAACCCAGUAGUGUGUUGAGUAGUGAUGUUAUUGCUCAUUGAGUUAAACUAGUUUCUACCAAAUCUGUAAUCUGAUGAUACAAUUGGUGUAAAAUGUUCAAUACUCUCAUAAGACUCACUAUAUGAAUCAUUAAAUUUUCAAUAAAUUGUGUGUUUCAAUCAUUCAAUUGAUGGUUUUACCUUUGUUAAUUUAAUGUUUGUGAUGAUGAUUUGAUAUCUUCGAAUUUGGAUUUGAUCAUUUGGGAUUAUUAAUGAUGUAUAUCUAAAUCUAAAUGUUGUAGCUGUUUUGGAAGAUUAGUCAAUACUUAAUGAUUCAAAGAGUAAUGAUAUUAUUCCUCCAGAGACCAAAUAUAUUUUAUUCAAUGUUAUCUUCUUGUUAGAUUGUAAUUGAUACAUAGGCUAUGUUACCUUCAGUCAUUUCUUUGUUUUGCUUAGUCUAAACAUCUAAAUGCUAGAAGUUUUGUUGUUCUCUCUGUUUGUUGUGAUGGAUAACAAUGUUUGCCUUCUGCUAUUGUCUCAGCCCAUAUUGUUACCGAAGUUUGUCGAUAGGUGUAAAUGAAUUUCGUUUGCUUGGUGGUAUUACCGCAUAUGGAACUCUGGUCUUGGUUUACUUAGUCUCUGUCAUAUCAAUGUUAUAAGUUUGUCUAUAUGCUUCCGUUGUUUGUUCUAAUGGGUAAUGAUGGUUAUCUGUGUUGCCUUUAGCUAAUGUCUUAGCCCAUAUGGUUGAACUUGAAUCCUGAUCCAAGUGAACCUCUUUACUCUGUGAUUAUGCAAUUGUCAUAAAUUAAAGGAUUGUAU